UGUUUGUACCCGGGCGUUUUACGGAGACGGACCGAAACAGUAUGACGGCCGCGGAUGUUGGCGGAGACUCUGUCAGAGCAAACCGUGAUACUGAUGAAAAGGACGGACAUCAUGUGUUAAAAGGUGCGGUGUUUUUGACCACAGUGGCCUCAGCGGGGAUGAUCGCUGGGUUCGGCUCCACACUGGCGCUGGCCAAGAAGAAGAGCCCAGAGUGGUUCAGUAAGGGUGUGGCAGCGACGGCCGCGGCCCCCGAGUCCGGGGCCUCCCUGGCCCUCAGAGCGCUGGGCUGGGGCUCCCUGUACGCCUGGUGUGGGGUGGGUCUCCUCAGCGUCGCCGUGUGGAAAGCUCUCGGCGUCCACAGCUUGGCAGAGCUCAGACAGAAGAUGGAGUCGUUCUUCCCGGCCAUCCCGAGGAACCCGGAGGCCGCAGCCGGAUCAGAACCGUUGGACUGGGACACCAUCUUUGGGUCCAAAUCACAGGGAUCAGCCAGAGACUGAAAACCAAUCUGACCCUGUGGAGAUUUUACAGCUGGGAAAUGUCAAAUUAUGAAGAUAAAGUUAUACCAGAACAAGAACAGUCACGUAUUGUAAAUAAAACAUAUUUAAAUGUUGUGAAAUUUUAAGUUUUAUGGAGGAUUUUUUCUGGUAUGUGUCAAACUUAAAGCCCGGGGGCCAAAUCUGGCCCACCAAAGCUACUUAUGGGGCCAUCUAGUCUCCAAUGGGAGACAUAGUUUAACCUUCAGGAAAACAUUUGUGUGCUGAAAUAUUUUAUCAAUCCAAUGAAAGCAGUGACCAGUUUAAAGGAAAAUCAUCUGUCCCUCCAGAUUUCAGUGAUCACACAAAAUCAAAAAAACCUGCAAAUUUUAAGCAAGUUUUGCCUUAUUUGAUGUCAAGUUAUUGCCUCCAAUUAAUAUGGCAAGUAACAAAAAGUCACUUUUACUGUCAUGCAUAAACAAUAACAAAAUCAGUAAUUUUGAUUGAAAAAGAAUUGCAAAAACAAUCAUGAAAUGCUGGCGGAACUGAUCAAUGUGAAAAUAUGUCAAAUAUAUCAUUUUCACAAGUACUUAUAAGUAGGCAUAAUUUUUUUGAGAGUAGAGUUGCAAGCAAGAACAGUAAAAUAAAGUAAAAAUACAGCUCUAAAGAUGAAUACAAAAUUUUACAUUUUUGGAAGAAAAAGUUAAGAGCUUUUAGUUCCUCAGGGCUUGAUGCUCGGUACCAUGAGGCUUACCAGAGAUUUCUGGACAAAAACAACAUUUUGAGACUUGGAAAAGAUUAUCCAGAUUUUUUCAACUUAGGAAAAGUUAGGAAUGGUAAGAAAAAUAUGGGUCUUGCGUCUUAUUGGAAACGUUUUACCGGAUUUUUGUAUUUUUCAAAGACAAAAAGUGUAAAUACCACUGUGAUCCAUUUUCUUUCUUUUGAUUGUAAACUAAAUAAAUCAGUGAAACAUUU